AUGUUGAGAGGUCCCACACCUCCAUCAUUCCUUUGCACUGCAGAAACAGCAGCAGCAGCAGCAGCAGAAACAGAAGCAGCAGCAGCAGCAAUAGCAGCAGCAGCCGCAGUAGCAGUAGCAACAGCAGCAGCAGCAGUUGCAACAGCAUCAGGAGCAACAGCAGCAGCAGCAGUGGCAGCAGCAGCAGGAGCAACACUCACAGCAGCAGGAGCAGUGCCAACAGCAGCAGCAGCAAUAUCAACAGCAGCAGUAGCAACAGCAGCACGAGCAGCAGCAUCAGCAGCGGUAGUAGCAGCAGCAGGAGCAUUAGCAGUUGCAGCAGGAGCAGGAACACUAACAACAGCAGCAGCAGCAGCAGCAAAAGCAGUAGCAGCAGCAGCAGCAAAAACAGAACGGGCAGCAGAAGUGGUAGCGACAAUGGCAACAGCAGCAGCAGCAGCAGCAGCAGCGACAGCAGCACGGAGAGUAGCAGCAGCAGCGGUAGCAACAGCAGCAGGAGCAAUAGCAACAGCAGCAGGAGCAGCAACAACAGCAGUUCCAACAGCAGCAGCAACAGUAGCAAAACCAGCAAUAGCAACGGCAGCAGUAGCAACAGCAGCAGCAGCAACAUCAAUGGCAGAAGCAAGAGCAGCAGCAGCAGCACAAGUAGCAGCAGCAAUAGUAGCAACAGCAGCAGUAGCAACAGCAACAGCAGUGGCAGCACUAGCAACAACAGCAGCAGCAACAGCAGCAGUAGAAGCUGCAACAGCAGCAGCAGCGGGAAUAAAGCAGCAGCACUAG